UCCAGAAAAUUGAUAUAAUCCCUUUCUUUAUCUUAGUGCGAAAUUCAACCAGAAACCCUAAUUUGAUUUGUUUAUAGCAACGAUUUUCCUUCCCAAUUCCCUUGUGCGAUCAUGGGUGGUCACGGUGGAUUGAACAUCCUCCCGCAGAAGAAGUGGAAUGUCUACAACUUCGAUAAUCGGGAGAAGGUUCGCCUCGACGAAGAAGCCGCCGCCAAGGAGGAACAGCUCAAGCGCGAGCAAUCUCGCCGGCGCGACACCGAGCUUCGCCUCGAGAAGCUCCGUCAAGCUCGUGGCCUAGCCAGCCAACAUCCAGCCGAAGCCGACGAAAAACCCUCUGUCGAAACUGCACCCGCUCCUGCCCCUGCUGCUGCUGCUGUAUCUAUUGCCGAGCCCUUGAAUUCGGCGUCUGAUUCAAAGCACAUCAAUUUGUUCGAAGGAAUCAGGAUUUUCGACCCGAUCAAACCCGGUGAUGAGAAGAAAAGUGAAAAGAGAAGCAGAUUUGCGAGGGAUGAAGAUAAGAAUAAGAGGAUGAAGAAGGAGGAGGUUAGGGUUGUGGGGCCGGAAGAUGAGAAUCAUAAAUUUGGGUACGGAGUUGCUGGGAAAGGCGUGAAAUUGCCAUGGUAUAUGGCGAAGCGGGUUGUUGAUGGGGACGACGAUGAUGAUGAAGAACAGAGGCGUAAGGAGAAGAAGAGGAGCUCUGGUGGUGGUAAAAAAACAAUUGAGGAGUUGAGGGAGGAGAGGCUGGAUAGAGAGAGGAAGGAGAAGGAGAGAGAAAGGGCUUUGUUGAUGAUGAAGCAUAAGAAAGAUGGGGGUUUUUCUUCCCGGAGGAGAUGAGAGUUCGUAGGAUCCCUAUAAUUAGCUCCUCUUUAGAAGAGCUAGAUAUCUUGGAAAAUAAAGUGUUUUAGCACGGGAUCAACCACAAGCUGCUUCAAAAGGAUUAUCUUGGGCCUCUGUGGAGGAUUGUUCUACUUUUGAUAUUAAAUUCCAGUUCUUGUUUUACUUCCGCCUAAAAGUCCAUUUCAAAAUGUGUCAAUUAGAGUGGGACAUCCAAAAAAAGGAAAAUGUGUCACCUACAAUGGGACAGACGGAGGGAUAUUUAAUUUCAUUUUCUGUCUAAUAUCACACGGCACACUUUAUUUUAUUUCUAAUAAAAUGGUUUGUAUUUACACA